UGUAUCCCAAUAGUGUAAGACCAUGCUGUAUAAAAUUUAUCUAAUUUAGAGACAUUUCCCUUAAAGGUGGAAAUAAACGCAGAGUCAUUCUUUUCUAAUCUUGUAUGCUAAAUAUUAUUGAAUCAUGACAUCUUACACCUCUCUUCAGCCUAUUCUGUUUGCAGGUGCAACUUGUUGUAGCAAGUUAUAGGAACACAAAACAUCUGAGAUUCCAGAAGCUGAAAACCCACCGCGCACCCAGAUUCAAGUUAUAAAAUUGAUUUAUCUCAAAAGGAUGUUUUAAAAUUUGUUUCACAACUUGUAAAUGUGAUUGUACAAAUUGUGCGUUGUACAAAUCCGGGCAAUGGGGUUAUUUCAGUAAACAAUCAGGGGUACAUACGCUGUGCAGAUAUAGCCAACGAAAGAUGAGCCUAGGAAUUAACAAAAAAAGAAAAAAGAACGCUUUGGCAAAGAGCAAUUUCCUCCUAUUCAUUCACCUUUUUACGCAGCAGAGAAGUAGGCGCACAAGAUAACGAAAUAAAUUGUUUUAUACAGUAUUGGAUAAUGUAGCAGUAGCGCUAUCCAUAUCGAUUUUUUUCCACCCUGAACAGUAGCAGCCCUGGAGGAUGCGGAUAAUGGAUCUUCAAAUUGCAACGGAGCCCGGAAACCUUUUCAUUAGGAAAAGCCGAAAUCGGGGAGAAAGGAGCGGGUAGCGCCCGCCCCCCCCCUCGCUUCCACAAAGCCACGCCCUCUAUUCACUCGCACCGUUCUCGCUCUUUCGCAGCCAAACGACAAUAAGAGGCCUGAGGCUGGCCGAGCAAGAGCGGGUGGGCGAUGGCUGUUGGCCACGCCCUUUCUCCGGCCCCCUCCCCGCCUCCCUCAGCUGAAUUAAUUCAGCUUCGAUCCAGCCCCUUUCCUCCCUCGUGUCGCCCCUCAGAGGCGGGUCCGGCGCCUGCGCAUUGAGUCCGAGAGGCCGGGUGGUUGCGGGCGGGUGGAGGAAUGUGCGUUACAGUUAAAUAGUGGAUACAGCGCCGCAGAAGCGGCGCUUUCUGGGGACCGGAUGAAGGACAGGGACUGAGGGAAACGGGUGGAGCUGCGGCCGGAGGGGAGCGCUCGGGCCGGGUCGCAGUGGCAGUGCUUGAGGAGAGACCGAGGCGCCCAGGAGAGACGACAGACGGAGAGGCUCCAUGGCGCGGCGUGGGUUCCUGAGUGGCCGCGGCGUCGCCAGCUCCACUGCCACAGCUGUGCGCGGCGCUCUCUCCCCCUGAGGAGCGCUCCCUUGGCUCCCUCCUGACGAGGAAAAAGGCUGCUCUCGCCCCGUCGGGGUCCUCGGGUUGGACCGAAGAGAGAAGGGGAGCCACCGGGGCCUCCCUCGUCGUUCGCUUCCCUCCCACACGGGCGGGCGUACCGGGGGCUGGAGUAGGCGGCGGCGGCGGCUUUCUUGCCUCUAUGAUGAAAUUCAAGCCAAACCAGACGCGGACCUACGACCGGGAGGGUUUCAAGAAGCGGGCGGCAUGCUUGUGCUUCCGCAGCGAGAGGGAGGAUGAGGUGCUAUUAGUAAGCAGUAGCCGGUACCCAGAUCAGUGGAUUGUUCCAGGUGGAGGAAUGGAACCUGAAGAAGAACCAGGUGGUGCUGCUGUCAGAGAAGUCUAUGAAGAGGCUGGAGUAAAAGGAAAACUUGGCAGAUUGUUGGGAAUAUUUGAGCAGAAUCAAGACCGGAAGCAUAGGACUUAUGUUUAUGUUCUCACAGUGACUGAAAUCCUGGAAGACUGGGAAGAUUCAGUAAAUAUAGGAAGGAAGAGAGAAUGGUUUAAAGUUGAAGAUGCAAUCAAGGUCCUUCAGUGUCACAAACCUGUACAUGCAGAGUAUCUGGAAAAAUUGAAACUUGGGUGUCCAUCUACCAAUGGAAAUCCUGUAGUUUCUUCCCACCCUGAUAAUAGUUCUCUCUAUGUUACUUCAGCACAAACCUCUGGGCUACCAUCUACUAUAAGAUAAAUUUUGAGUUGCUUUUUCAUGUUCUUCCAUCACAAAUGGAGAUGUAUUAGUGAUCCUGUGCUCUGUGUAUUGUAAUCAGAAUCUUGAGUCCAUGAAUACUUUAUGUUCAGUCUUACUUCUUUUCUCUUUUUAGCAAUGUAUUUUGGCAAAUCAAAGCCAUACAGGGAUUUUUAAAGAUGCCUUAAAUGGUCCUUUUUCAUUUUUAAAUAUAGUACCUAAUUUAAAGAGUGAAUUUGAAACUUGACAUUUGACUUAAUUCAGUUUCUUAAACUUUCUCAAAUAAUUAUAUUGUGUUAUCCCAUUCAUUGUUGUUUCCCAAGGUCAAAAUUAAAUUAGUUGGAGGAGUUAAGGCAAUGAAACCAACAAAGUGCCUUCAGUGUUAAGCUUCCUCCUUUAAAAUGUUUCAUAGAAAAAUCAAGAGCAUAUCAAUUUUUUUUAAAACAUUAUCAGUUCUUCAUAUUGCUCUUGUUAAAGAUUUUGGCCAAAUAGGCAGAUAUAACAAAAUGCCAAUAUUUUUUUCACUUUUGCUACUUAUUGCCAAAGUUAGAAUUCACUUUCUUUGCAGUUCCAGCAGGUUUAAUUAAUUACUGGAGACCAUUCCACCUUUUUUCAGUCGUUUUAUAGAUUAUGUGAAUCAUAUUUGGAAGAUAACUGUUUGGAGGGCUAAAUGGGGGCAAGGUCAUAUCAAAACAUUGAAAUGUUUUCAUAUCUGCCACUAAAACAUGCAUGUUUUGUCUCUAAACAGCAACAUGUUGUAAUUUCACCAUUUUUUAAAAAAGCAUCUACACCAAAUUUCAAUUUUUCUGUAAAGACAGAGUUUUGGUUCUGUUUGUAAAAAAUUCUCUUUUCUCAUUCUUUCUAUGUGACAUAAAUUCACUGUAAAUAAUUCAACAGAUGUAAAGUGUAAAGUGGAAAGUAAAUGUAAUGUAAAUACUAUUGUUCAGCCAUUCAGGUUACCACCUAUGACUUUCAUGUCUUAAUAGUGACAUAACAAGCAGGAAUUUCAAUAGCUCAAUUUCUUUAAUAUAUCUUCAGAUUUUUCUGUUUUUUUAUUACACAGCUGUUAAAGGGACAACAGUUAUGCCUAAAACAGGUGGGGACUAUAUACUAUGUAAUGCUGCUAUGAAAUAACCACUUACUGUUGCAAUUUUUUUUAAAGUGUCAUAAUUUUUCCUCUAGAAAGGUGGAAAUAAUAAUGUGCCAUAUGGAUGAAUUUAAAUAAGGAACAUCUGUAAAAUAUAAGAACAGUUGUGAGCUUUCAUUUAAGAAGAACCUAAUAUUAGUAAUAGAGGAUUGAUAUGAAGUUCUACCAUAGGUAAGAACCUUGAAAUUUUAGUAGCUUAGAUGAUGGUGGGAAUCAUAGGGCACAAUCAGUUUCAAAGAGCUCUAUGUAAAGUCAAAACGAGAAUGCAGACUUAAUACAAAAACCUUGUAUUAACUGGAAUGGGAAAGUGAUUAGUUAUAAGUAAUGUACAAUCCUAAAUUGGCUGUUCAGGCCCACGUUUCUAUUUAUUAUUCAAUAGUUUAUUGAUGAUAUGGUUGUAAAAGUGAAAAAACGCCUCACAUUAUCAUAGUGAUGAACAGAACAGUAAGUCAAAUCUGUAGUUCUUAACAGCUUCAUCUCAACAUUUUUGGAAUAUAAUCUAAGCUAAUAGAAAUCGCACAUUAGUAAUGCAUGGUUAUUUUGCUUUUCAUCAUUAUAUGCUAUGUAAAAAUGUACAGUUUAUGCUAACUAAAUCAAAAGUGAGUGCUUAUAAAUACUUCAGGCUGCCGUGCCACAGUUACACUGAUGUACAGAUCUCUUUAGCCUAUGCAAUUUAAAAUAAUUACAUCUUCCUCAGAUUUCUGAUAUCUCUCUUGAAACAUGAUACACAGGAUAAGAAAUAUCCAUCGUUCAAUUUCUUGAAUUUACAAGUUCAUUGAAUAAAGUUCAACAUUCUUUAAUUCUAUAAUUUACAGGCUGUGCAGUGCUUUGAAAUUGGUUUAGGAAAAAUAUAUGGCUGCCAAACAAGUGUUCAGCUUGUGUUACAAAGCACCUCUUCUAAACUGAGUCCAAAGAAACCCUUAGCUGUACUGUACUAAUUUGCAGGUAUAGGCAUGGCAAUAGGUUUGUCAGAUGUAACAGGAAAGACCUCUUUCAAGAUAAAACCUUUUAUAAUUAAUAAAAACAGCAUAGUUUUCUGUAAAUUGUCAAAGUAUUGAAAUAUUCUUGUGGAAUGAGGAUAUAGAUCAAAACUUGCUCUUUAGUGACAUGCAUUUGGUCUCUCGGAAGAAUGGAAAUUGAUUUGGAUCUUCAUGUACAAAAGUUUGUUAUAGAGAAUAAGUAGUUGGGAACAUAUCUUAUAAGCAGUGUAAGAGGCAACAAGAAACAAAAAAAUAAAACCUCAUGUUUACUGCAAGCUACCAAAGCUAUUAAAAUGUUUGAAACAAUUGUUCAAUGUGCUCCUGAAAGUGCACAUACACAAAGAGAAAACACAAUUCAAGUUGUAAACGUUUUGAGCUGAGCAUGGCUUUCUUUUAAAGACUGAUGUAAGAAUUUUGACUUUUUAUAUCUGAAAGAAACCUCAAAUAAAAAAUAAACACUUCCCGAAGACAGUG